UCAGAGCCGUGCACCAAUUUCUGCCAAACUGGUGGCUAACAUGCUGUCGGUAGCCGGGGCAGACCAUAUAAUCACCAUGGACCUCCAUGCUUCACAGAUUCAGGGAUUUUUUGACAUUGCCGUAGACAACCUGUACGCAGAACCUGCAGUCCUGCAGUGGAUCCGAGAGAACAUACCUGAGUGGAAAAACUGCAUUAUUGUGUCACCUGAUGCUGGUGGUGCUAAAAGGGUGACUUCCAUCGCCGACCGGCUGAACGUGGAGUUCGCUCUCAUUCACAAAGAGCGCAAAAAAGCUAACGAGGUGGACCGGAUGGUGCUGGUAGGAGAUGUAAAGGACCGAGUGGCCAUCCUGGUGGACGACAUGGCUGACACGUGUGGGACCAUCUGCCACGCUGCUGAUAAGCUGAUCUCAGCCGGUGCUAUAAAGGUCUACGCAAUUCUCACCCACGGCAUCUUCUCGGGUCCUGCGAUUUCACGCAUCAACAACGCUCCCUUCGAGGCUGUCGUCGUCACCAACACCAUUCCACAGGAGGAGAAGAUGAAGCAGUGCCCCAAAAUACAGGUCAUCGACAUCUCCAUGAUCUUAGCCGAGGCCAUCCGGAGAACCCACAACGGCGAAUCCGUCUCGUACCUUUUCAGUCACGUUCCGUUGUAGGAGAGAAAAGCGGUUGCAUCAUCUUCCUCCUCCAUCACCAAUUCCAGUAUCGUUUUCAUGCGGGAGACCCGAGAGUCAUUCACAUUCGGUAGCUAACAGCAAGCAGCCGGCGUGUGUUUAUCCUGCCCACGUCACUGUCUUAUUAGCAUUCCAUUCACACAACAAACUCUGGGACAGUUUACAGUGGUUCCGUUUUUUCAUCUUUCCAUCAGCUUUAUCCAAAUAUCUGAUGCAGAUUAUUAUUUCCUUUUUUUUUCUUUUUCCUUUCCCAUUCUGUCUUUUAGUAUGUGGGAUUGUUGUGGGCAAGUACAUUUUAUUGCCCUUGUUUCGUUUCUUUUCUUUUCAAAGACACACACGUGUACAUAGAUCCCGUACACACAGUCAUUGUAAUUUAGCGUCACAAAAUUACACAUUAUUUGGUCAGAUAUUUAGUUCUGCAUUUGGGAUCCCAAAAGGUUUUGUAGCAUAGACGAGAUGCCAGUAUAUAGAAUCUCAAUCUCUCUCUCUCUCUCUCUCUCUCUCUCUCUCUCUCUCUGUCUCUGUCUCUGUCUGCACCUUUUCAUGACCAUAUAAUGUGCUUUAAUUCUAGGCAUUAUUCAACAUUCAGGCUCAUUAUGUUUUCAAUCCUGAUGCCCCUUAAAACCCCCAUGAGAGAAACGGAUCGGUUCUUUGGCUCGAGUCCACCAUCGUGGUCUUCAGUGCAGCACAAUGCAUUGCAAAUUAACAUUCGUAAGAAUUUAAUGCACAAUCUCCAUUUGCACAAUGAAUUUUCUGAACUGCAAGUAACCUGCGAUCGUGUUUUAUUGUAUUUUUUUACGCACAAUUCAUUUAAAACUGUUCGAGACUUGCGAAUGUUCAGCUUUGUACAGACCUCCAGUGCCGGACCGCACUGCGUUUGAUAUUCCAUGCACCAAUAAGAGCAAACGGUCACGGAUAACGCAUGGAGUUAACAUCGUACAAUUCCGGACAGAUUCCUCGUAUUGUACCGUUUAUCCAUUUUCAGGCACAUCAUGACACACAGGCACAUAUAUUCCUUAUAAAUCAGGUUUACGUCCAGCACUGACCAUAUCUACGGUUACAAACAUGAAACUUUUAAAACCGCACCCAGCGGUCACGCACCAAUACGGCAAGCAUCGAGUAACACUAAAUGAAUUAAACGUGCACGUGACUGCAAGAUUUGUGUAGAAACCUUAUACAUUCCAUGUUCAAUUCCUUUCAACAGAUUUAGUUCAAGAAUCAAAAAAGAGCUGUUUUACGCUUCUAUUAAACGCUUCUUUAGACAACAGUAAUCAUUUUCGCCAAGGGACUCGUAUUGCCUCCUGUAUAGAGAAAGUGAGGUCGUGCAGUUCACACGCAUAAUUACGAGCUCCCGUUUUCCUUAAACACGAGUAGAGCGUCGGAAACUGCAUUCCGGACAAGCGUUUGAAGUGUUACUGUCUUAAAGUGACGAUGAAAAUAAAAGUAUGCUUUGACAAUU